UAUAAUCACCUCCAUUAACACUCAAUAAACUUAUUCACAUCUUUCCAUUUCUGGUAUCAAUCGUAAUGUAAUUCCUGACAAAAUGAGAUUGUUUCAGGCUUACCCUUUUCUUUUCUUCCUUUCAUUAACAGCAGUAGUAUCAGCAGCAGUUAAAAAAAAAAAAAAAAAAAGAAAAAAAAAAAAGUAUCAGCAGCAGUUCCUAUUUACUCCAAGCCAGGCUGCAACCAUACAUGUGGGAACGUGAGGAUUCCAUACCCUUUUGGAAUCGGUGCCAAUUGUUCUAUCAAUAAAUGGUAUACCGUUGAUUGCAACUCCUCCAAACCAUAUUUAUCUGAACUCAGCCACCUGGAAGCCUUGAGUGUGAACUUGGAAGAUCAAAUAGUCACUGUUAAUACGCCAAAGAUCUCUGAUUGCCAAACCCGUGUUUGGAAUGGCAGUCAGACGACGAGCAUCGAUCUUGGUAGGAGCCCGUUCCUGUUUUCCAAAUCACACAAUAAAUUUGUUGUUGAGGGGUGUGGUAAUGCUGUCAUGAUGAACCAUGCGCGUGCUCUCACGGGAUGUUCUACAAAUUGUCUUAAUGGCAGUACUGUUAGCGACGGAAACAACUGCCUUGGCUUUUCUUGCUGUCAAACAACGAUUCCUUAUUAUCUUAAGUCGUACCACAUCAAUCUCACGCGGUUAGAAAGACAAGGUGGAGAUGGAGCGUGCGUGUCUGCCUUCUUGGUGGAUAAGAAUUCAUAUGACGAAGGAAGGUCUUCUGACUCUUUGAUUCCCAUAUCACUUCUGUGGACUCUAGCAGACCGUGACUACGAUCAAGUAACUUGUCGUUAUUAUUACCGUGAUAGACUCAAAGUGGAUGUGGGUAAUGGUACUACAAUGGAUACAUGGAAAUGUUCAUGUGGUAGGCCUUUCCAAGGAACCUCUUAUUUAUUGGAUGGAUGCCAAGCUACGGAAGAGUGUGCAAGGUGUGAAAGUAUAGAUCGAGGUUACUGCGAAUAUAUCGAAACAUAUUAUGUUGAUGGCUUAGCUAAAGAAUGGAACUUCACUUGUAGAAGUAGAAUUCGUUAUACUCGUUCAUACUCAUACAUGGCUGUUAUGAUUACUAUAACUGUUGUUGUCAUCAUAACCUCUGGGUUAGGUUUAAUAGCAGUCAUCUAUACAUCAUACAAGCUAAUCAAGAAAACAAUAACCAAAAGACGAAGAAAGAGCGUUUUUAAACGCAUUAAUGGUGGUUUAUUGUUGAAGCAACAAGAAGAGAUUGACCCGUCUUUAGUUGAUAAAACCAUACUUUUCACAUCACGUGAGUUGGCGAAGGCCACUGACAACUUCAAUCAGAAUAGAAUUCUAGGAAAAGGAGGCCAAGGUAUAGUCUACAAAGGUAUGUUAACCGAUGGAAGGAUUGUGGCUGUCAAAAAAUCAACAUUAGUUGAUGAAAGCCAAUUAGAACAGUUCAUCAAUGAAGUGGUCAUUCUUUCACAAGUCAAUCACCGAAAUGUGGUCAAGUUAUUGGGGUGUUGCUUAGAGACAGAGGUUCCUCUGCUAGUUUCUGAGUUCAUUCCAAAUGGGACCUUGUAUGAUCGCAUUCACGACGAGAGUCACGAGUUACCAUUAUCUUUUAACAUGAGGCUACAAAUUGCUACAGAGGUUGCCCAAGCACUUUCUUACUUGCAUUCGGCUACUUCUAUUCAAAUAUAUCAUAGAGACAUAAAAACUACUAAUAUACUUUUGGAUGAUAAGUAUAGAGCCAAAGUUUCUGAUUUUGGAACUUCAAGGUGUGUAUCAACUGAUCAAACUCACUUGACUACCUUAGUCAAGGGUACAUUAGGCUACUUAGAUCCCGAGUAUUUUCACUCUAGCCAAUUCACAGAAAAAAGUGAUGUAUAUAGUUUUGGAGUUGUUAUGGCUGAACUCUUAACAGGAGAAAUGCCCAUUUCCUUAACUGGAUUUGGUGAAAAUAGAAGUUUGGUUGCACACUUUAUGUUGGCUAUGGAAGAAGGGCGUGUUAUGUCUAUUUUUGAUGCAUUGGUGAUUAAAGAAGGUACUAGGAAUGAGCUUCUGGUUUUAGCUAACCUAGCUAUGCAAUGCUUGAAUCCGGUUGGAAAGAACAGGCCAACAAUGAAAGAAGUAGCUGCAGAGCUUGAAAUCAUACGAACAUCGCAUAUUCCCUUCAUGGUUCAAAACAACAUCGGACAGGUGAUGCAUGGUGAAGAAAUAUCCAUGCUAUCAUAUGGUGAAUCAACAUCAACAUCAACAUUUUUGAGUUUCAAUGAUAGGAUUAGUCAAUGACGCAAAAAGUCAGUGUUUUCUUCCUCUAAAAUAAAAUGAUGUUGUCAUAUAAACAUAUAAUUUCCAGAUCAAUAUGUAAUAGAACUUUAUGUAAUCUUAAAUGGGUUUGAUAGUAGAAAUAUUAAAAUACUGUCAUUUUCU